AUGCAUCGCUUCAACACUGCGACCCUGGAUAUUCGCAACCUAGACAUGGGUGUGGCUUUGGCAGCUCUGACCACGGCCCUUCAGCCCAAAAGCAUCUUGUACUCUCUAGGGAAGAAGCUGCCAGCUAAUAUAGGAGAAUUGAUGGCCCGAGCACAGAAGUACAUCAACCUGGAAGAAAUGAUGGACACCAGGGGAAAUCACAUCAAGCUGAAAAGGAAAGGUAAUAAUCGGGAGACAAGAGAACCCUCUAGACCCACGAAGAGACAAGAUACCAGUACGCUGCACACCAACUCUAAGACGAGAGGGGACUCCAGUAAGUUCUCCACCUAUACACCUCUAAACGCACUGCAGUCUGAUGUGUUGAUGCACAUAAGGAAGAAGGACUAUGUCUCGUGGCCUGAAUCUAUGCAAACCCCUUCAUAUAAACGCAACAUGUCCAAGUUCUUUCAAUUCCAUAGGGAUCAUAGGCACGACACAAAGGAGUGUAUUCAGUUAAAGAACGAGAUUGAAGCCUUGAUCAAAAGGGGAUACUUGUCGAGAUUCAUAAAUAAUGGAGAUCGGCAAGGGAAACCUCACGAGCAGAAGAGACCCAACGAGGACGAGAAGGAAGAACAUAUCAUAGGGGAAAUCGCGGUGAUCUUUGGAGGGUCUGCUAGUGGCGGAGAUAGUAGAGGUGCUCGCAAAAGAUAUGCUAAGCAGAUACUCUCAACGAAAAGAGGGGAACCAAGCGGCAAAAGGAACAAACAAGAUGAUGUUAUCAUCUUUGACAACGGAGACGAAGAAGGAGUGCAACAACCACACGACAAUGCACUAGUAGUCUCCCUACUGGUGGCAAAUUACAAACUCGGGCAGUAUCAGCAGCGGCAGCUGCCACAACAACAGGAACCUCCUCCCUUUGGAUCCUUUCAAUCUCUUCCUAAAGGGCUUGUUCGCGGAGCUCGGCCUCACGGAGCUCAUUAUGGGCAACAACGUACUUUUCCCGAGCAUCCAAAGUCUGUCAAUACAUCUCAGCAACCUUUUCUUCCUAUGCUAGGGCCAUGGUCGCCGGUUGAGAACAAACAAAGGGAAGAACAGAUUAAAAACACAAAGGAGAAAAAGGAGAAGACGGACAAGCACAGUCAAAAAGCAUGA